AAUUCAAUGGAAGAGUGGUAGCUAUACUGAGUUUUUAAACUAUACUUCUUCUUUUUUUUUACAUUUGUAUUCCCUUUUAUUGUAAUUAUUGUUACACCUUUCUGUGUUCCGACGGUAUAUUCUUAGGCACCCCCACACAGAUACUGAAAGUCCCCUCAUUUGAGCAGUUGGGCACGGCGCACGAACGCGGAAUAGGGAAAUUGCUUUGGUCUCGGUUAAGGCAUCAACAAAUCCGCUUAAUUUUUUACGUUUUUGGAUGAGGAAAUACUUGUAAUAGCCGGGAUGCUGAGUACAGUCGUUAAACAGCUCAAACACCACCCUGCAUUGAUCCCUCUCUUCAUCUUCAUUGGCGGUGGAGCGACAAUGUCCAUGAUGUACCUGGGACGUCUUGCCCUGCGCAGCCCUGACGUCUCAUGGGAUCACAAGAACAACCCCGAGCCAUGGAGCAGAUUGGGCCCCAAUGACCGCUAUAAGAUGUUUGCUGUAAACAUGGACUAUGACAAACUGAAGAAGGACAGGCCUGACUUCUAGAGCCACCUCCAUGCUUAGCCAGUCAUGGCACUGGGGAAGCCAUUCCACACAGUUAACAGAAAUCUAUGAAUGAAACCACUGAACAACAUUUCUGAAGCAAACUGCACACUUGUUUCUCUUCCUAUAUAGAUUUGUAAUGGGAGAUAACGUGUACCUGAUGUGUUAAGAUUUAAGUCACUUUUAAUUAUUUAUGGUUGCCUGCAAAAGGGUAAUAAAGCAGGCAACCUCCAGUACCAAAAAAGUGGAUGUUUUUUUUUGUGUAAUGAUUAUUGCCAUUUAAUGGCAACUGAAACUUUAACUUUUAAUUUAUUGUACAUAUUGUUAACCUAACACCAUAAAGCUGUUCAACUGUGCAA